AUGCAAGUUGAUGUUCUUAUCGUGGGAGCCGGGCCGGCAGGGCUGAUGGCAGCCCUUUGGAUGGCGCGUGCUGGUGUGCGGACCCUAGUGGUGGAUCGAAAUUCAGGUCCAACGGAAGCUGGACAUGCAGAUGGACUCGAAAGCCGGACGAUUGAGAUCCUGGACAGUUUUGACUUGGGUCACACCAUUUGGAAUGAAUCAAAUCAUACCAUUGAUAUCUGCCUAUGGUGCCAAUCCUCCGACGGGUCGCUAGAAAGACAAAGUAUUUCUGCAAAUUCCACACCGGGAUGGUCGCGAUUUCAGGAGUCCACUUUGGGCCAAUCUCGAAUCGAGGCCAUUCUGCUUGAGCAGGUGCUAGCGUCUAGCCAUGUCGAAGUUCGAAGGAACACCGUGCCGACCUCGCUUUAUAUAGACCAGAACCUAGUGCAAAAUCACGACCAACAUUGCUUCCCGGUUCGGGUGGGGCUGAUACCUGUUCCUGGCCCGGAGGCAUCUAAGGCUGUAAAUGGGGACAUAUCUAUAGAGAGCGCUCGGGAGGUCAUUGAGGCUAAAUAUCUGCUUGGUUGUGAUGGCGCGCACAGCUGGGUUCGUAAGCAACUAGGGUUGAAACUCGAGGGUGCCUCCCGAGACGUGGACUGGGGAGUCCUGGAUGUAUUCCCGAUUACUGACUUUCCGGAUAUUCGUCGGAGAAGUAUCAUUAAAUCCCAGUAUGGAAACCUGAUGAUCAUACCACGCGAGCGGAAACUGGUUCGAAUGUAUGUCCAGGUAUCGUCUAGCCUGGCUGAAAAGUACAGAGCGAGCGAUCGUGAUCCGGACAUGAUCAUGCAAGCUGUGACAAAGAUCAUGCAGCCAUAUCAUUUUGACGCAUCGCGAGUAGAAUGGUCGACGAUAUAUUCUGUUGGCCACAGGUACUGCAGAGAAUUGUCUCGAUAUGACCGAGUCUUCCUUGCUGGCGACGCUGUUCACACCCAUUCUCCCAAAGCGGGCCAAGGAAUGAAUGUCAGCAUGCAAGACUCAUACAACUUGGGCUGGAAGCUAGCAUCCGUGAUUCAUGGAGUAGCGCCUCCCAGCCUGCUCCGGACCUACCACCAAGAGAGGCUGCCCAUUGCCAAACGUUUGAUAGAAUUCGACAAACGGAUCUAUCGCGGCAUGUUAGAAGCUGAGAACACCUUUGAUGAAGACCACCGAAAAGCGCUUGUGGAAGAAAAUACUUCAAUGUCGGGUCUAGGCAUUACUUACGAGCCUAGUAUGGUCAUAGCCAAGCCAGUUGGGUUCAAGACGAAUGGUGAGGUCAAUGGGAAAUCCUCAUUAUCAAUACAGCCUGGCCAGUUUAAAACAAUCAGACUUGGAGCUCGGAUGCCCAGUGCAUUGGUACUCAGUCACGCGGAUUCUCAGCCUCAUGAGCUCCAAAGAAUAUUCAAAAGCACAGGAGAAUGGAACCUUGUCGUAUUUGGUGGGAACAUCGUCAACGAAGAACAAUGGCAGCGAGUCGAAAACGUCGCUGCAACAUUAUCCUCCCCGAAGUCAGUCGUUCAAAGAAUGAACGCCCGGAAACAUCUUGAUAGCGAUAGAGUGACUGGGUCUCUCGCGAUCUGUUUGGUGCACUCAGCGUCAAGCACAGAAGUCGAUAUUGGAAACCUACCAGACAUUUUUCGUCCACCUGAUGAUGAUACUGGGUUUGACUAUGGCAAGGUAUUUGUUGACAAGAAGUCUUAUCACGUCGGGGGUGGCAAAGCAUACGAGGAGUAUGGGAUUUCACCUUAUGGCUGUCUUGUGCUUUUGAGACCUGAUCAGCAUGUUGCUUUCAAAGGCGAUUUAGAGGACGUUGGUGAACUUAAAAACUUUCUAGAUUCCAUCCAGCUGGGAGAUAUCAGUUGA